AUGAGCGACGAAUCCCCCAAGCUUUGCUCAGCCUGCGCUGCCAUCAAUUUUGACAAGCUCUUCUUUCCAGACCCUGCCCCAAUCAAUCCCGCCUACAGACCGCCUCCAGAUCCUUGUCUCGGUACACUACAGGAAAUCUUGGAUCGUUCAGAAGAAUGCGACGUCUGCAACUUCAUCAUCGAUGCUCACCGACAACGAUACAUACGAGCGCCCUACGGCUUCUCGGAGAAUCAUCCGGAUUUCGAAAGCAAACUGCUGGGCCAGGAACCUAUAAUCCAUGAGGAGGUCAACACAUACGGACUUCGACUCACAGUUAACGACGAGCCAAUCAAAUGUUAUCUUGAAUCCCGAGACUUCUCCUCAGAUAAAUUGUGGUAUACGGAGGGCGGCCUUGAUCAUGGAACUGGGGCCGUGAAGCGCGUUCUGCUCAGGCUAGAACCACGUCCCUGGUUAGCUAUACUCGCCACUUCGAUUACUUUGCAAGCUAUUUGGCCGUCAAAAGAGAGCCGAACUGAAAACAACAACCUUCCACUCGACGGUACAGGUCGAAUGAUCGGGCCUCUACUGGAUCUCUCACUCCCCCAGCGCUGGAUCAAGCAAUGCGAAGGCCAGCAUGCACAGAAGUGUCAAAACCCGAAGUGGCUAAGCGAUAGCGAUGCCGAAUGGCCUGAGAGAUGCCGAGUGAUCGACGUCAUGGAAAAGAGAAUAGUUGAUCUACUUCCAACCAUGCGCUACAUUGCUCUAAGCUAUGUUUGGGGAUCUAGCGAGGAGGCGAGACAAUCGCGCUUCGAGAGACGAUUGACUCGAGAGAACCUGUCGCGACUUCGGCAACCCAACAGUCUUGGGGAGAUAUCUAUGCCUCAAACUAUCAAAGACGCUAUGUAUGUUACAGAACAGGUCGGCGAGAGGUAUCUCUGGGUUGAUGCCUUUUGUAUCGUACAAGAUGACCCUGCAGAUCUUGGUCAUCAGACAGCACGAAUGGAUCUGGUAUACUCCAGGGCGCUCUUCACGAUAUUAGCUGCCUGCGGUAAAGACUCAACUUCUGGACUUGCAGGACUCCCUAGUAACCCACGAGACAUCUAUCAAAGGCAAGUCAAAGUCUCAUCGAGCGGGCUACACGUCACGCCCCUCGUUACUUUAACCGAAGAGGAUACGCUACAGUACUCGUCGUGGAAUACAAGAGGCUGGACGUUCCAAGAGCGUCUUUUGUCUAGACGCUCGCUCAUCUUCACCAACAAGCAAGUUUACUGGUGCUGUGAUGCCACGACAUGGGAGGAAGAGUCACUUCUCGACAUCCCUGGGUCAACAGUCUUUGCUAGAUCUCAUUCAUUCGGAUGCUACGACGAAUGGGACGAUAAUCAAGCCAAAUUCUCUACGGAAAGUUUCGACCAGUAUAUUACACAAUUCUCGACGCGAAGGUUCACUUACUCUUCUGAUAUCCUCCACGCCUUUCUUGGCAUCAUUCAUCGCUUUGAGCAUUUGAACAAUGAGAAGAUACACUGGGGUCUGAAUGCUAGCACAUUUGAUCAAGCCUUGGUAUGGAAAUAUGGACAGGAUCGACGAGAUGAGAUGUAUACUUACGCUUCCGGUGGAUCGACGCGCAGCGUGCCGUAUCCUAGUUGGUCCUGGCUUGGGUGGACAGGGUUCAUUGGUAGUUAUAGUCUCAGCGUCGGGGAAUAUUACGUCGGAGAGGUGAGGUCACUUCUGGCGUUUUACUCGUUGAUGAGUGAUGGCAGUGUAUCUUUGAUCAAGGGUACUUCACUGAGGAGAGUGAAUGAUUACGGAAAGGAAGACGAUGCCGCAUCUUCAACUUCUGAGAAGUCUAGCCACGAUUGGAUCGAGGAUACAAAAGUGACCGGUCCGAUCAAGAUAACUGAUAUCUCAGUAACCUCGCAACUGGAAUCACUUGAGCUCGAAACGUGUCAUCGAGAUCUUACGCCUUACGACACGGGACGGAUAGUAUUCCGGACAAGCCACGCCAAUGUUUCCAUCCAGGUCACCAACCGAGACGGCAUAUACAUGGAAACAUCCGGCGGGCACGUCAAGCUUGACUUGAAGCUAUCAUCACCAUUCAUGCAGGAAUCUUACAAUCUUUUUGAAGAAGUCUUGAAAAAGGAGAGCGAUCCGGCCAAGAGCAAGGUGGUGAACUUCUUGGGAAGACGCAUCGCUUCAACAAGUCAUACCAUUAGCCUCAUUGUCAUUUCGAGACAGUAUGGGUUUAAUGAAGCUGAGGAUGAGGUGGCGAAGCUGAACGUCAUGGCUGUUGGAGAGAAGGUACCUGGGUCGGGAGUCUGGAGUCGGAUUGGUCUUGGGGUUAUGAAAGAGGAGGAUUGGAUGAAGCUUGACAUUGAUUGGAGAAUGGUGAUUCUUGAAUAG